AUGAGAAGGGCCAGAGACGGUUAUCAGUACCAGCCUGUUCCCAGGGCUCCUACUGAAGAUGUACUGGAACAUGAAAAUGAAAGAAUGGCAGAGGAGCUCAGUGGAAAAAUAACCACCCUUAAACAUAUGUCUAUAGAAAUUGGUAAUGAAGUUCGGUAUCAGGACAAAAUGUUGCGUGGCUUGGAUGAUGAUGUUGACAGAAGUUCUGGGUUCCUAGGGAAGACAAUGGGUAGAGUUUUGAAACUUGGCAAAGGCAAUCACAACUAUUAUAUAUUUUAUUUGUUCUUGUUUUCAAUUUUUGUCUUCUUUCUGCUUUACAUAGUAUUAAAGUUUAGGUGA